GUGAAAGCGUCAUUCUGCCACGUGACGACUACGUCACUGCGACCACGCGUAGACGUCGUGGAGCUCUUGCUAGGUGGCUAAAAACAAAGCUAAUUCUCCUCAAGUACACGGCGAAUCCCGCUGUGAGUGGGUUUAUCAAUUCGUCCUGUGGCACAAUAAUCUGCUAUUAAGCUAGUCAAUACUCAAGUCUUCAGUUGUUAGAGUUGGGUUGCUGCUGCUAGCCCGAAGCUAUCAGGUUCGAGGAUGGACAGUGAAAUCCAGCGAGAUGGCAGAGUCCUGGACCUGACCGACGACGCUUGGAGAGAAGAUAAACUACCAUACGAGGAUGUCACAAUUCCGCUGAGUGAGCUGCCUGAAGCUGAGCAGGACAACGGAGGCUCCACGGAAUCUGUGAAAGAGCAAGAGAUGAAGUGGACUGAUCUCGCUUUGCAAAGUCUUCACGAAAACACGCCAAGUUCUGGAAAUUAAAGCUCAUCUGCCAUUGGACUGUCAUACUGAGCUGAACUCUAGACAAAUAGUUCAUCCGCCUAAAUUGAAUUGCGUGUGUGUCGUAAAAUAGCAAGCAUUGGUCCUCAGCACAAAAUCUAACUUGAGUUACUCAGAUGAUUUUCAAUAAUGUCAGAUGCAUUUAAUCAAAAACAUAAUGUGGAAAUACAGCACAUUCAGCAGAAUGAGGUUCUCUGAUCGUUGUGUUUAGUGUGUACAGUAUGUGAGUGAAUGUCCAAUUAUAGAAAGGUCAUUAAAUGCUGUUACAAUUGUUUUAUUUUUUCCACAAUGGGGAAAAUGUUGUUAUUACAGCUGCAUUCAAGCAUAAAGGCAAAUGUUAAAGACAUAGACAAAGCAACAACACAAUCAACAUGGGUAGAAAUAAAGGAACCACUUUAGAAACAGAAAAAUCAGCAUCAUAACAAAAAACUGAAAUAUACUUUAAAAGAAAAUAAAGAAAAUAAAAAUGCAACAAAUGCCCAACACUCUGCACCAUGACAGCAGUGGGCAGGAAGGAACAUUGGAAUCACUCUCAUGCAGUGAAGGUGGGCCAGGUGCUGCCCAAUGCUGACAGAGCGAAAGAGAUGCCUUGGCUAAAAUCUCGCUGCACUCUCCCACCAAUGCCGGACCAGUGCCACUAGCUCGUCCAUCAUCUCACUGUUGUUGUCGUCGCUGACAUUGCUGGGGAGAGACCCCACAAUGAAAACACUGCUGCCCAGCCUCACUGUCCUCCUCAGCUCAGAACUGGGGAACACCAGCUAGGCCGCUUGACCAGCUUGGAGUUGGCAUGUGAUCCGGAGUGUGGACAGUGAUACAAUGGCAACAUCCAGUCUCUGGAUGCAAGGGUAUCACUCUCCAUGUUGACUCAGUAUAUCCUCACAAAAACAAGAUGAAAAUACUGCAGAAUAAAAAAAUAAAAAUAAAAAAAAAGCAACAGCCACUUUUGGCGAAAUAAAUGUUUUUACUAAUAAUGGAGCCAUUGAGAUAUCUGUAAUCCAUAUUAUUGAAAAAGAAAGAUGUAUUUAUCUCCCCUUACUUUUGGUGUUGUACUGCAAAAAGUGUUGAUAUCGAAUGACAUUUACAGUGGUGUGGUCUCUGGUGAUGUAACUAACUGAACAAACAUUUAUUUUAAGUGGUAAAUCAUAUUAAUAAGACUUGCAAAAAAAUAUUCCAUGCUUUCUGGGCCUUUUCAAUACAUAAGUGGUAUGCCCCUAUAAGUGUCAUAUUUAUACUCCAAAACAUGCACAGAACUUAGAAGUCAUCAUUUUUGACUACUUGAUUAAGUAGUGAAUCAGAAUGUCUUAUUUCUAUCAUCUAUAAACACAUUUUUUUCAGUGAUCUAUCGCAAAAGAGAAAGGGGUAGGACUCAUACUUCCUGAAGGUUCUUGUUAUCGAGCUCAGAGUAUGACGCUCCAUGUCAACAAGUGUAAAUCUAUAAUUCUGAAUAUCACUAUUGUGUUUUCAUUGUUAUGCGUUUGCAAAACCGUGCCUCUGACUCAUCUUUCUCCAAGACUGAGGGGCUUCGGUACGAGCCUCCCAGGCGAUCCCAGAGUGUGAAAUACUGUCCAUAGUUGUAGUUGAAGAAUAGGUGGUGGUCCACAUGGUGGGCUGCGCCAUUGAUGAUGCUGAUCAAUGGGUCUGGGAUACGAAAGUCUCCGUCGUGUAUAGAAAUAGUCCAGAUAUUGACGAAGAUGAAGAGUGUGAGGUAGACAAUCUGAAAUGUACAGGCGGUGCACGUCAUUGCAUGGAAAGUUACCUGAAGUUUCCCAAUGUAGCAUAACAUAACAAUGACAAAAAGUAAAAUGGCCACUACUUAAGAAGAUGGCUUCUACUCUGACCUUGAGUUUACGUGGUGUGGGAGAGUUCUGUUGAUGGAGCUAAUUCAAAGAUUGUUUUGUUCUGAAUUUUGACAAAUAUAAAGAAGAAAUAGAUUCUGUAUUUGAUCGGAGGAAGAAUAGAAACUAUAUAAAGGAAUUACUGAUGUGAGCUGCAGAGGGUAGAUUUUAUGGGGCAUCUCCUGCUGAGACAAUAAUUCUCAUAUCUGUUUCUGAGUACAAUUUCAAAAUGCAUGUAAAAUAAAAUAAAGAUUUGACCUUGUGGAGAGGGAAGAUGAAGGGAUAAGCAUGGUAGGCCAAGCUCUGCAGAAAUCCAUCGACGGGAUGAAAGGCAUGGCUGGCAAACGGAGUUGGAAUCUUAAAAAGAUGGUGCUGCUUGUGUAAUAUCUGUAAGCAAAAAAGUAAGUGAAAAAGAAAUACAAAGUAGGACUGGACAGUUCUUUUAAUUUAAUGCGUAGCUUUCCAUUAAAACACUGAAUGAAAUAAUU